CGAGCACCUAGAUGGACUGUCGCAUGCAUGUCGUCUGCAAUGACGUUCACGAAUUUAGUAAACAGCAAGUCGAGUUUUGAAAAGUUAACGGUAUACUGGAACUCAGGUCGAAAGUCCGGUUUUUAAGCAAGCUGGAUAACCUACUUAUGAGGCAAGCCUAUCUGGCAGUCGGCCGGAGGACGGGCGCGACACCUAAGCGUUGCAAUUAUUGAUUUUUUGGAGCUUUUCGUCAGUUGAUACUGUGAGACAGCAUGUGAGCCGGAAUGCCUUCUGCAUGUUGUGUUUAUGUUGUUGGUCUCAAGUGCUGCACUUACGAUCUCAUGAGUGUGAUGUCCUCACAACUGUGCAUUAGUGGUGAAUAUGACUGGUGUGGAUAUGCGUGGUGGAGGAGCCCCUGGCCAAGGCCUAGGCCUGGGGCUGCCUAUUGAUGUGUGUGCCGAAAGUGAUGGCAGACAUUCUGGUGGUGAGGAUAUGGCUGAUGAUGAUUACAGUGACUCAGGACUGCUUCGUUGCUCGCGUUGUGAUUUUGAUACCCCAAAUAGAAUUACGUUUGUUGCUCACUUAGCUGAGUGCAAUGGUGAGAAUGGUGUAGAUGGUCUAAGUGGAGAAGGUGGUGAUGCUUCACCUGAUCGAAUCAAUCGUAAGUUUGAGUGUGACGUGUGUAAUAUGAAAUUCUCUAAUGGAGCCAACAUGCGGCGUCAUAAAAUGAGACAUACUGGAGUCAAGCCCUAUGAAUGUCGAGUAUGUCAAAAAAGAUUCUUUCGCAAGGAUCAUUUGGCUGAACACUUCACCACACACACCAAAACCCUCCCUUACCACUGCCCAAUUUGUAAUCGAGGUUUUCAAAGGCAGAUUGCAAUGAGAGCUCAUUUUCAGAAUGAACAUGUCGGCCAGCAUGAUAUGGUAAAGUCUUGCCCUCUUUGUGCCUACCAAGCAGCAUCUAUGAAGAGUUUGCGAGUUCAUUUUUUCAACAGACAUGGCAUUGAUCUUGACAAUCCUGGUCCGUCAUUGGGAGUUGAGCCAAUGCUAAACUCCAGUCAAGUGAAUAUUGUAAAUGGUGGUCCAGGAGCAACUUUGGGGAGUGCCAUUGUUGCUAGUCCAAGUGAGCCUGGGGAUAGUACACCUCCCAUGCACUUCCUCACACCUCACAUUGAAAUAUCAAUGGCAGACCCACCUAAUGCGUUUUCACCUGGACAGAGUGAUCAUGCAAAUGGUGGCCCUGACUUGAAUGGUGAUCCAAGCUCACCCCAGUCUGUUGAUUCAACUAGUUUCCCUUCUAUCAAUUCAAACUCAACAAUUAAUGUUACAUUAGCACGAAGAUCACCUGAUCUUUUGUUGAAUGGAGGAAGUAUGACUGUCAAUGGUUCUUCAGGGCAUGUUUCACCACCAAUCUCACUUCUACCUGUUAAACAAGAAGCGUCAUGUGAAGUUCCACUGAGGGCUGUCAGCUGUGGAAGUGGAAGUGGAAGUGGGGAGGAGGGUGAGGAAGACAGAAGGUAUGCAAAUGAUGCUGUCAACUUAACUACAAACCGGACCUUAGGGGAAACACUUCCACCAAACAACAACACAACAAGACUUAUAAAGGUAUCGCCCCUGAAAAGUCUCCUGCGUGAUGAUGGAAAACGGGCCCGUCAAAUACCCUCAAGACCACCAGAACUUUUACCUGUAAAUCGACCAAGUAUUAAUGGGCCCUCUCCGGAUCCAGGACAAGCUAAUAUUUUGUCAUCCUGUCACAUGUCACCUAAACUUCAGUGUAACUUCUGUGGUAUAGCUUUCCCAGACCAAACAUUGUAUUUUUUGCACAAGGGUUGUCACUCUGACACCAACCCUUGGAAGUGCAACAUUUGCGGUGAGCAAUGCUCCUCAGUUUAUGACUUCAAUGCUCACUUGCUCAGUAAACCUCACCAAUGAGUACUCUUACUUUAGCUUUGCACUUAUCAUGCACGAUUUUUUGUCACUCUAGACUGGCACAAGUUGGCAUUUGGAAUGUGUCCUAAACUUGCUGAACUAGAAAGUUUAGCGUCUAUGGUUUUGUGGUGUCUAUAUGUCCAUUUAUGUGUGACCAGUGUGAAGCGCAUGUUAUUGUUCUUAAAUUUAUGGUUUCCUGUGACUAAUUUAUCAAUUUCUAGUCAAGUAAAAGUGCAUGAAUAGUUUACAUCAUGGACGAGAGGAAGCUGAGCUUCCUUUGUCUUGUGCGCCCAAGGAUACCGAGGGUGUAUUCUAGUUUGAAUAUGUUGCAUGUUACAUAGUAACUAGCAAACAAAUUCACCUAGAGUGAAAGUCUGAUUAUCCCCACUCACUUUUGCAAAGCUCUGAGUUUUGCAUUAAUAAUAUUUAUCUGUUAAUUAAUUUUUAGUGCCUUAAGAAAUUAUAAUUUCUUGUGAAGACUUGUCAGAAUGUGAGAACAUUUCUGGGUUAAUACAUUCCGUCCUUUAUGGUUUUUUUGAAACUGUCAGAGUUUUUUUUUUUUUUUGGACUUUGUCUAACCUUUUAUUUUUAUUUUGAUAAAAAAAAUAUCGAACUACGAUUUGAUUACUGUAAGAAUAUAAUAGAAAAGGUCAGUGCUAAUUACCCUUUCAAGUUUAGUGAAUGCUAAUUUAUAUUUUUGAUCAGCCAAGUACUGCAUAUCAGUUUGCAGUGAGAUGUAUCUCUAUAUGUAGGUAACAACUUUUGAACUGAUUUGGUUAUAGUGUUAGACUUUUUUAAGUGUUCAUUUACAAUUUGUGUUGCUCAAGUAUGAAAUUGUGCCUAGUAAUUCAAAGCAGUCUGUGUCAGUGCCUUUGAAACUGUUCCGUCCAUAUCCAAGAUUGAAGAUUGGUCUUGUAGUCUAAAUUUAAGUUUAUUUUAAUAUUGAUCUAAUCCUGUACAGGUAUUUUCAGCUACGAAUUGCUCACUUGAUCUGGUUCCAAACUAGAUGAAAUUUAAAUCUUAAUGAAAAGUGGUUACGAUUCAAGGUUAAUGUUCAUGUAGGACAAGGACACUAAGAUUUCUUGCAUGUGCACGAAUUGCUCCAUACACUUAUGAAGAAUGCUUUUUCAUUCUUAUGUAGCAUAUUUUUAUGUCUGCUAAGUACUUAUUGUACUUGGUGAUAAUUUUCAUGCAAAGUUUGCUGUGUUCCUACUACUUGGUCUUCAGGUAGAACACCGCAAUCAUCCAAUUUUACCCAGUUCAUUAAUAAUCAGGAUUACCAUUUCUAAGUUUUCAUGUUAAAAAUAGAAACUUGAAGGAAUCCAGUGGCUGUCUACAAAGAGUGCCUUUCGAUUAAUGGUAUUAAUUUAUCUCCCCACUUGAAUAUUUUGGGGAUGAGUGAAAAUUAUCUGUUAAAGAGAAAGUAGCCUAUCAUAGUCAAUAAAUUUAAUCCAAAACACCAAGCUACUGAAAAUUAUUUAUUCAUUCUCAUUGUAAAAUGUGUAUUGUUCUUUAGACGGAGUCUUUGCCUGAUGACAGUGGUUGUGACCUAUAUCUGAGUAAGAAUUCUAAUUGUUGGCUGCAAAUUGUAGUUUUAAGAGUAUUCACGAUUUGCUUUGAGUGGACUUCUUAUGUUUUAUCAGAGUGGAUCGCAAAUAAAUUUGAUCUUCUCAUAUCUGCAUGUUCUUAUUCAUAACUUUAUUUGUUAAGUAGAUUGUUCCUCCUUUUUAAAAUACCAUAUCUGUAUUUUUGAAACCUGUACAGGUCAAUAAUGUCUGGCACUCACUUUCAGUAAUUAAUUCUGGAGAGUUUUGACUCUAACCCUGUAUGUGUGUAUCUGAUGUCCGGUGAUUAUUAGGCUAUAAUUUUUAGAAUUGUCAAUAGUACAUUUACUUUGAACCAUAGCUGAGCUACUGUAUCUAAUUACUCUUUUUCAGAAGCUGUUGAAGCUUGGUAUACUCUUCAUAUGCAAAUAUGUUUUGUGACUCCCCUUUCGUCCUUGUUGGGUCCAUUUUCAAAUGAGUGUAGGACUUGGUGCUAUUGACCUCACUGGUAUACAAACCUCUCCUGAAAUUAGCUACUAAGUAGAACUCAGCAGGCUGUCUCCUUUUUUCUUCUGUGUUAUAAGUAUAGAAGCACUAUUUUUUUUGUUUUGUGGUGCUAUUAAUGUGAAUGGUGUUGUUGGUUUGCAGUUCACACGGACUUUUUGUGCUUUGAGUAGUAGAGUUUUCUUAUCGUAACUCAGAACUUGUCCCAACAUUCCUCCUAUAUCCUACAAAUUCAACACCAAAGUGUACAGAGAUAAAGUUGUUUUAUGUUUUGCAACUUGAUUAGACUAGACAUUCCUUCACUAUGACUUUGUUUAAGUUAUUUUUGCUCAAGACAUUCUUAUGUCAGUUUGAAUGUGGCCACAUUACUGCUAUUAUUCCAAGUACAAUGAUUUUUUUUAUUUGUAGUAUUUAUUCGAUUGAUAUUGUGUGGAAGAUUACUACUCUAUAGAAUGAAAUAGAGACAGAUCAAAAUUAUUUUUCCUGUCCCCACUGUUUUUUUUGUGCAAAUUCUACCACGGUUCCCCAUUUUUGGUUGUCAAAGGAAUAAUGUACUCUCAGUUCCUUCCAUCUCAUUUUUUUUGUGGGUUAGACUCCCCCAUUUGUAAAUUACACCAUACUCUCCGCCUAAUUGUGUUGAGCCAUAGACUCUAUGGCUGUUGUGAAAUCUAUUAUGAUUUCUCGCAUGUUUUGCUAAAAAAAUUCCUGAUGUCUCUUCUAUCUUGGAAUUGAGAGGUAACCAAAAAGGCUUCUUAUUUAGUCAUUUAAGUUUUGUGUGCUAACAAGACUUAGGGUUAUUAGGGCCUCUUCUUGUUGUUCUCGCAUUCCCUUGCGUUAAAGUAAAGGCUUGUUUUAAUUUUCACAAUGCCAAAUUAAAAAGCUUUCAAUGAGACCUUUUAGGUAUAUUCUCAUGCAUCCUCCUAUGAUGGAAGUGCAUUAUUUAAUUAUUUUUGUUUGUUUGUAUUAUACUCAGACUAUUUAAUUAAUUUAUUUAUUUAAUUUGUAGUUGUUGACUAUGUUUUGACUGCUUAUUGCUACUUUUAUGCGAUGCUGUCAAUGGAUGUUAUUUUGAAUUAUUUGUUUUGUUGCUUCAUUUUAGUAGCUGUCACUGUGCUUCAGUUACAAUCUAUUAGCAGGCGUACUUCUUUUUGAUUUGUUAACUUAAUUCCAGAUCUACUGAAUUGAUGAGAGACAUUCCUUAAACAUUUCAAAAUGCACUGAUGUCAUUUUACUACACUUAUUGUACCACUGAGUUGUGUUUGUGAGGAGCUGGAUUGAGCAAGUAAUACCGACUCAUCCGCAGCAAGCGUUCUCUGAUUUUGUUAUAACCUGAGUUUUACUUUAAAGUGUUGUACUUACAUGGCUCCUCUCAUUGUACAUGUGUACCAAUUCUAGAGAAACUUAUUGUACUAUUACAACAGCUGAUUUAAGGAGCAAUAAAUAAUCUUUUGUGGCAGCUUUAA